GCCUGCGCAGCGGAGUCCGCGGGGGUGGGCGGAGCUGGCCGGGAUGAGUGGCGGAGGGACAGAGACCCCUGUAGCGUGCGAGGCCGCCCAGGGCGGCGGCGGCGGCAAGAAGCGGGACUCGCUGGGGACUCCGGGUGCGGCGCACCUCAUUAUCAAGGAUCUUGGAGAAAUUCAUUCAAGGCUUCUGGAUCACAGACCAGUUACCCAAGGGGAAAUUCGUUAUUUUGUAAAAGAAUUUGAAGAAAAACGUGGUCUUCGAGAAUUGCGAGUUCUGGAGAACUUGAAGAAUAUGAUCCAGGAAACAAAUGAACGCAUGCUUCCCAAGUGCAGAGAGACGAUGCAGGGUGGCCUGGAGGAGGCCCUGCAGAGACUGCAAGCCGCCAACGACUCCAUCUGCAGACUCCAGCAGAGAGAACAGGAACGGAAAAAGGUGAUUAAUGACCACUUGACAGCCAGUGAGAAGGGGCGUCUGCUCCAGUGGGAGGAGUUCAUGAAAGAACAGCCACAGCGCCGAGCUGAAGUGGAUGACGAGCACAGAAGAGCCAUGGAAAGGCUUAAAGAGCAAUACGCUGCAAUGGAGAAAGACCUGGCAAAGUUUUCUACCUUCUAAGAAUUUGACCUACAGGGACAGAUGAAUGAGAAAUUUUCUCCCAGAUCUUCCCACCAACCACAUAGCCUCUUCUUCAAGAUUAGAAAUAUACCCAGUGGCACUCUUGGGUCUGAAAAGAGAAGCUUUUGGAGCCAGAUAAAUGUCCAGUGGAAGAAGAGUGCUUACAUGCCUAAAGGUGAUCAUUUGAAGGAGAGUGAACAUGGGAGGAAUGUAUUACUAAUCAAAUGUGGUCUUCUUUUCGGUGAUUAGCUUAGAUUGCUGUGUGUCCAUUUCUUCAAGAAUCUGCUUCAUUUUCACCACGGGUAAAUGGUUCCUCAUUGGGGAUUAAAUGGCAGGUGUGCAGCUGCUUGUCACAGCAUCCCUAAGCAAGGAUCAGACUAGCCUUUCUUGUGACAGAUGCCAUGGUGGCCUUUGAACAAUGUGCUUGGAGAUACCGUAUUUUGCAGUACAACACAAUACUGUGUGUUUCACUGGGUGACAAGACAUGCUAAAAGGUGGCCUUUUAGCAUUUAAUAUUUUCAUCUUGUAAACCAUGCUUAGGAGAAAAUUUCCACCCAAAUCUAUUUUCACAUUAGCAUCUCCAAGGAUCAUCAUCUUGCCCAUAGGUAGUACUUCCUCCACCUUUAGGUCCGUUUUGCUUAGGGCAGCCUCUUUAAAGACCAGCAUCUGUGCAUGCCUCAGCUGCUCAGGGAGUAGUCAGCCCACAGAGUCCCUACAGAACUGUGUCGGACUGGCCCUGGACAGACAAGGACUGUUCACCCACACAGCAGGUGAUCUGUGUUAGAGGUAAAUCCCUUUCGUACUAAUGUCUGUUCUCCAGCAGGUGUGUCCAUAUGGAACACCACUGUCCAUCACCACUGUGAUCUUUCCAUGCUUGCACUUAAUCUAACCGAAGAACCAUGUUGAACUUCAUUGCUAUGAAUUGAACAGAAGUGCAUGCAGUCAUUGGAGGAGCUGCAUAGCCAGUGGGCAUGAGGUGCAGAUGAGUCUUUCUAGUAUUUUCUGUUGCUCUUCAGUCAAGAAAGGUAAAAAAAUACCUCACUCUCUCAGGAUAUCUCCAUGUUCUCACUGCAGAAAAUUGACAAUGCUUGCCUGUGUAAAUGUAUGGCAGACUGUGAAAGCUUCAUUCUUAGCUCAUGUUGAAAUGUGAUUAAAGCUAAUAGAAGAGAUGAAA